UUUGGAUAGACCAUAUGAGUUAACAUCACAUACACCAACUAGAGUCAACGAUAGAUUGAUAAAGCAAACAAAUGUCUGAAUCGUACAUAUCAAACACAAACUCAAAUAUUAUAAAACGAUGAAAACUAAUGGCUCGAAAAAUAGUGAAAGUAAAUUACACGAAAACGAUGGGGACCAGUUCAAUAAUAAUCUCAAACAAGGAGCAAAUGGGCUGCAACAAGGAAAGAAAGUGCUACGACGUCGAUUCUUACAUUGAAAGCUCCGGAAUCCGGCGAGGACAUAGCCGGUGGCAUGGGUCCCGGUCCUGGAGAAGGAGAAGAUUCCAUUGCUGGCAUCGGUGGCGAAGCCAUAUCGGGGACUGAUGCUGGGCUAGGGCCUGGGCUCAUAGGAGUAGUUGGUGGACUCAUUGGGCUUGAAGAUGGAGUCAUUGGCAUCAUAGGCGGUGUAGCCAUGGACAUUGGUGGUGGAGCCAUAGGCAUAGGCGGUGGAGUCAUUGGCAUAGGUGGUGGAGCCAUGGGCAUAGGUGGUGGAGUCAUGGGCAUAGGUGGUGGAGUCAUCAUAGGCAUAGGUGGUGGAGUCAUCAUAGGCAUGGGAGAGCCGCCGCUAGGCAUUGGUGGCAUGGACAUUGAGCCAGAAGGAGCCAUCAUGGGAGAUUGAGCUAAAGAGAAGGGGAUUAAAACCAUAGUCAAUGUGAGCAAAAGGAGAGCUUGUGAAGAAGCCAUCAUGGGAUAUUGAGCUAAAGAGAAAAGGGUUGUGUGUUGAAUAGUGGUUUAUGUAAAGUGAUAUAUAUAGAGAGAGAGAGAUGUGAGAA